AUGCAAUGGUUCGGAACCAAAUCAAUGAUCGCUACCAUCAGGACCGUUAUGACCCACAUCAGCAACAUGAUCACUGGUGUCAUGAAGAAAUACCAGUACAAGAUGAGGCUGGUCCAUGCGCACUUUCCCAUCAACUCAAACAUUACUGAUGAUGGAAAGGCUAUCGAGAUCCGUAACUUCUUGGGCGAGAAGCGUGUGAGGAUCGUCAAGGUUCUUCCCGGUGUUAAAAUUGAGAAAUCAGAAGCUGUUAAGGAUGAGAUUCUGCUCACUGGUGUGAACGUAGAGAAUGUCGGAAGGUCUGCCGCACUCAUCCACCAGUGCGCUCUCGUCAGGAACAAGGAUAUCAGGCAGUUCCUUGACGGUAUUUACGUCAGUGAAAAGGGGUUAGUUGAGCAAGAUGUCUAA